CCAAGUAAUUUAUAAUUAUGAACGAUGAACAAAUUGUUUUAACAUUACCUGAUACACAAAACGCGGAUUCAGUAUGUUUAACUCAAACACAAGAAUUAUCACAAGAAAAAGUCAUGACUAUAUGGGGCAGAUUAUGUCCUAUUAAAUUACCUUUCAAAACAAUGGAAAUGACAAAAGAUGUUUAUACACUUGGCCGAUCAGAAAAUUGUGAUGUUUGUGUAACUAAUAAUGAAUUAAAGCCAAAAUGGCUUUGUGUAAUAAGUAAAGUUCAUUUUAAAAUAACUAGAGAAUUUAUUGAUGGUAAUACUAAUGACGUCAUAGUAUAUUUGCAAGACUUAAGUCAGAAUGGCACAUUUGUUAAUAAAAAGAAAGUAGGUCGUGGAAAUAAAGUAAUACUCGAGAGUAAUGAUAUAAUAUCUUUAGCACAAUCAGCUAUUACUGUUUAUGUAUUUAUGAGUACAAUAGCAUUUGAAAGUAAUAACUUACCUCCUCAACUCAAAAAUAAAUAUGCAGUAUCACGUAAGUUAGGAUCUGGAGCAUGUGGAGAAGUUAAAAUGGUAUUUAAUAAAGUUGAUUGUAAAAAAUUUGCUAUGAAAACUAUUAUGAAAAUAGGUGGCACAACAAAUGGACAAAAACAUCCAUUAAAUGAUCCUGAGAAGAUUAUGAAUGAAGUCAAAAUAUUAAAAGCCUUAAAACAUCCUUGUAUAAUUCGAAUGGAAGAAAUUGUAGAUACCCCAAAAGCUGUGUAUAUAGUUUUGGAAUUGAUGGAAGGUGGUGAACUUUUUGAAAGAAUAAAAAGUAAAGGAAGAUUAUCUGAAAAAUAUGCAAAAUUAAUUUUUUAUCAAGUUGUAUUAGCUGUUAGUUACCUUCAUGAUUGUGGUAUUACUCAUAGAGAUUUGAAGCCUGAAAAUAUAUUAUUAGCUAGUAAUUCAGACAUUACAUUAGCAAAAGUAUCAGACUUUGGUUUAUCAAAGUUAGUUGAUGCACAAACUAUGAUGAAAACAUUUUGUGGAACUCCUAUGUAUGUUGCACCUGAAAUACUGUCUAAUAUUGGACGUGGUUCUUAUACGAAUCAAGUUGAUGUAUGGAGUUUGGGAGUAAUAUUAUAUGCUUGUUUAAGUGGUUCAGUGCCUUUUAACUGUCAAGACAAAAAUAUUAGUUUACAAGAUCAAAUAAAAAGAGGAUAUUAUUGUUUUCCUUCCUCAAAAUUUGGACACAUUUCAAAUAAAGCUAUUGAUUUGAUCAAGUGUAUGAUGACGGUUAAUCCAAAAAAACGGAUUUCAAUUAAACAAGUUUUAUUACAUCCUUGGUUACAAGACCGUGAUCUUCGUGACACUGUUGAUUCUUUGUUAUCACAAGAAAAUGAUGAAAAUAUAGCACCUCAAAGUAUUUCUAACAGUGUUCAAUGUAAAAAUGAACAGUUUCGAAGUUUAAUAAAAAGAGCGAGGUUAGAAAUAUAA